CUGGAAGCCUAGUCGGGACAGCAGCCAGGAGAAGAGACUGUUGUUCUCAAAGCAGAAGCCACCUCGGCGCUGAUUUACUAUCUUGUCGUAGAGAAGCGGGAGGUCCAGCCUCACCUGUCCGCCACUGUGCAAGUCUCAUGUUGCUCAAGAAGACGAGACCUCGGCCCGGCCCAGUGACGUCAGCUCGACAGUCCCUUCUCCAGUUGAGGGAGAAAGAUGGCGCCCACACACGUACUGAGAUGCUGUCAACGGGGCUUAGCAUGGAUACCUGUGAUUUUUAUCGCCCUGGUCGUCUGCUGGUCGUACUAUGCUUAUGUGGUGGAGCUCUGCAUACUCACCAUCCCCAGUAUAGGAGAGCAGAUUGUAUACCUGGUCUUCUUCCAUCUCUCUUUCAUCAUGUUUGUAUGGUCCUACUGGAUGACCAUCUUCACCAGGCCUGCCAACCCCUCUAAAGAGUUCUGCCUGCCCAAGGCUGAGAAGGAGCGCUAUGAGAAGGAGGAGAGGCCAGAGUCACAGCAGGAGAUCCUGUGGAGAGCUGCCUCCAGCUUACCACUGUAUACUCGCACAGGGGCUGGAGCAAUUCGUUACUGUGACCGCUGUCAAGUAAUCAAGCCAGACCGGUGUCACCACUGCUCGGCGUGUGACAUGUGUGUGCUGAAGAUGGACCACCAUUGUCCGUGGGUGAACAACUGUGUAGGCUUUUCCAACUACAAGUUCUUCAUCCUCUUCCUGGCCUACUCGCUGAUGUACUGUUUAUUCAUUGCAGCCACCGUGUUGCAGUAUUUCAUAAAGUUCUGGACACUUUGCCGGAGGAAAUCGGCAGAGAACUGCCCAAAGAAUGAACUGCCAGACACUCACGCCAAAUUCCAUGUCCUGUUUCUCUUUUUUGUGGCGGCCAUGUUCUGCAUCAGUAUACUGUCCCUCUUCAGCUAUCACCUAUGGCUUGUAGGGAAGAACAGGUCCACUAUAGAGGCAUUCAGAGCGCCGGUCUUCAGGACAGGCUCUGAUAAGAAUGGCUUCUCUCUGGGUUUCAACAAGAAUAUUGCUCAGGUCUUUGGAGACCAGAAAAAGUACUGGCUGCUGCCCAUAUUCACCAGCCAGGGAGACGGGCUGACGUUCCCCACACGGCUUGUCAAUGCCGAUCCGGAGCAGGCCACGGUUACCCUGCAUCCAGAGCCCAAUAAAAGUGCUGCCAGCAUUCAGGCGAGCCCACUCAGCGAGUCACAAAACCGCCUCCUCAGCAACGACCAACAUGUCAACAACACAGGAGUUCAUCUGGCUAACAACACCUUGAAAUCAGCUGGAAGUGAAACCAUUACAAUCUCCAUGGAGAGCGAGUCCUAACCAGGAGAAACUCCUCUGCCAUCUAAUAUGAUGCCUUAAGCAACGCUACACUUUAGUUUGUCACCAUGGAAACAGUCUCCCAGCAGCAACCUCAUCCCCAACAGAUUCAUUCAGCGUAACUAUGGAUAUGUAUUCUUUUUGCCCGUCUCAAUGCAUUGAUACAUUGAUGGCAUUGGCAUUUUGGCAUGCAGUGCCAUUAGCAAAUUUCACGCCUACCCAUAAGAAAAGUAACACAUUCUUGUUCCCUUCCACACCUACACACUUUUUUAGACACACGCACACACACUCUUAACACUCAUUUAUUCAACAAUAUAGAUAUUUUGUUGGAUUGUUUCGCUCUUUUCACUCUCAACUUGAGCUUUCAUCAAUGGCGUCGGAGGGGAGCGUUUGAAAAUCGCAGGAGUAGUAACUGAUUUUGGUGUUUGGUGAAGAAACUUUGUGCCAAAAGCUACCUGAGUGCACCGAGGCGAACUGAGGGACUUUAUGGCGGCAAGAGAGGGGGACAAGCUGGAAGGCUACUGUUGUUUUGAACGUUGUUUUGUUUUUUUGUUUGUUUUUUUUUUCACGUUGUGUUUUUAGAAAUGCAGUGACGAUGGAUGACAGCUUUUGUUUUUAAACUCAUAACGUUGCAGCAAGUGUAUGGCUCGCACCUCACAGAUGGAUGUUGCCAGCCAAAACCCGGACUGCUCUACAGAAGACCCAGCUGCAUGGCACACCGGACCAAACCAUUGCAAAACAGGGGGCAUGACAGAGGAGACUCUAGCUGGGUUUUGGAUGGUGUUUUUGGAUAUCAGAGCACAAGAUGGCGCAUUUGCACUUUCUAGAUUGAGUAUCAGUAUCCAUCAAACAACGUGCUGCUUUGUUUCAUGUCCAAAAAGCAUCCUGCAGAUAAUGGAUGUUAGAUGAUCAUGUGAUUCAUUAUGCGUGUGUGUGUGUGUGUGUGUGUUAGAGGUUGAGGAGCAGGAGGUUUUUGGAAUUAACAGGAACUAAAAUAAUCAGCUUUAUGUGUUCUUUGUGGCCGGUUUGGUUUACUUGUGUUUACUUGCUGCUUAUAUAUUGAUCCGCUCAUCUGGGAGGUGCAUCUCACACAGUGCAAUGUGCAGUGUACUUUACUACCUGUUUUUGGAGUCACUUAAUUAUGCCAUAUGUUGAUCAAUGAUUGUUAAUGUUCCUGUCGGCUCACAAUCCCUUCGCAACCGUUUUUAUACAGCUCAGUGCUUCAGCCACCAACGUUUUUUGCCAAAUAAGGGCUGACCUAUCAGGAGCUCUGACCUCUGAACCUGAAGUGUUUACAACAUGCGAGCUUUACCUUCAUCUGCUCUCACCUCAGUGGCCAGUGUCAGUGUAACCAAAUGAUAUUUGCCGGUCAUUGUGGCGCAGUAUUUUCUAUAUACGGCUUACCUGUCCCACCUGCCUGUUGUGAUGUCCUAGAAGUACCAGUGCUGACCAGCAGGUGGUGACAAGAUUCCUGGAUAUCUGCACUCCUUCAGAUGAAUCGUUUUCUGUACUAUAUCAAAUGACUUAGGGGUCAGUUCACUUUCAGUUUAAUGAACAGGUGGGGGAUUUCUCAAGAAUAUUUGUACAUUGCAUCAGUGAGGAAGUAAUAAAACAUGCUAAUUUCCCGUAAUCACCCUUUCCCAGACUUCAUUUCAAAUCUGAGAUGAAAGUGAAAGAAGCCUCGCUAAUAAAUGGCAUUAGUGUUAAAUAGAAGUGUGGGAAAACAGCUUGUGCCCACAUGGUUGUGGUCGACACCACAUGGAUAUCAGCUCACUAUUGUGAUCUUGAACUGCCAAAGGAGCUCUAAUGUGUAUAAAACCUAAAUGCAAAGUCUAUUGUGUCAGUGUUGAACGUCCUGGAUGUGGGAGUGACUCACAGGGCCUUACAGUACCUUUGGCGGCAUCAUUUUGUCACAACC